AUGUUCUCCGCAUUCCAUUUCCAUCUCCUCGCAGCCCUUUUGCUCACAUCCCAUGCCCAUGCACAAUAUCAAGCUCCUGCACUCGCUGGGCAAGGCAGUGCAAUCUCAUCUCGAGAUCGCAUAUACACUGGAGACCAGACUUCAAACACAGUGACGGUCAUUGACCCUGGCACCAGCUCGGUCCUCGGAACAAUAGCAUUUGGCUCAAGUCGAUUGAGCAACAAUCUGAAUCCUCAGAAUGUUGACUCUAUGAACUCCCAUGGUCUGGGCUUCUCGCGAGACGGGAAAUAUAUCGUUUCCUUGAGUACACUUUCCAACACCGCCACCGUGAUCCGGACAGCGGACAAUACUAUCAUCACUCGUGCAUACGUUGACCGAGGACCUCAUGAAGCGUUCUUUGCUCCGGAUAACCGCACGAUCUGGAUAGGCACCCGCGGAGUCUCCUCGGUAAACAUCAUCGACGGUAUGAACGGGACGCUGCUCGACAAAAUCGCCACCGGCCGAGGACCGAGCAAGGUUCUAUUCAGUCCAAAUGGAACGAUAGCAUAUGUGAAUCACAUCUUCGAACCAGUGAUCAGCGUGAUCGAUGUGUCCAUCAGGGAGGUGAGCUACAAUAUCACUGGACUGGCCGAUGCCUUCUCCUCCGACAUGAUGAUCUCUGCAGAUGGUGGAUCUUUAUGGGCAGCUCACAAGAUGAGUGGACAGGUGUCUGUCAUUGAUCUAGCAGCUCGAAAAGUCGCUGCCGUUCUGGAUAGUGGGCCUGAGACCAACCAUCCAAACUUCGCCAUCGUCAAUGGCACGACAUAUGCAUUCGUGACCGUAGCUGCUAUCAAUGCAACAAGAGUCUACAGCCAGCCAUCGCCGGCUGAGAUACCGGUAUUUGUGAAGAACAUUCCGGCAUCUGGAGUUCAACCGCAUGGACUGUGGCCCAGCGCUGACAACACGCGAAUGUACGUUGUCAAUGAGCACAGUGAUACGAUGGACAUCAUCGAUACGAACAGCUUAGAGGUCAUCAAGACUAUCCGGAUCGGUCAAGAAGGACAGGCACUGAUCUAUGUCUCCAAUGCUGUUCCUGAGGGGAUGAACGGAACGGAGAAUCUAGGCAAGCAAGGCUUGGGCUUGCGCGUGGAGAGCUACCGGUUUCCGGUGUUUGGAAACGCGAGCAAUGAUGAGACGGACUUUAUGACGGACGUCCCAAAACCUCAAGCCCAAAUCACCAUACGGAAGACUUCUGGCUUGGACAUGUUUCAGGUGAUUGGCAGAAAUCUUGUCUUGAAUGGCACCUACACGGUCUCGGCACGGCGACAAUCAAGUGAUGAGAACAGCAGAACACCGCUUAUGACUUUCACUGCAAAUACCCGGACUAGAACUGGAUGUGGCACUGCGCCGCAAGCUUUGGCUUUCUUCAAGUUCUGGGAUGUGUACGAUGUGCAAAGUCUAGAGGUCAGACAAGGGGCGUGA